AAUGUUGAGCAUUCUAUGUACAGAUUCUCAACAUUCAACAUUUCGGCAAAGGCGCUUCAAAAUUAUAAUUGUUAUUAAUAUGAAUAAGUUUUUUAACAGCUUCCGGUAUAUUCCUCAAAAUUGGUGCUCCAAAAACUUGAACCUUGGGUGCAGUUUGUUAAUGCAAUACAGCACUAAUGUCUCGAGGUUUGUUCAAUCAAAAGAAUCAUUCAAGGAGAGGCUACAACGGAUUCGUCGUGCCCAGAGAAAAAAGACUUCCUGCUAUUUGAGGGUACGACGAUCCGAGUACAAAUGCCUGGCCUAUCAGGAAAUAAAGCCCGAUCCUUGCAUACCGGAGCCGUGUCCAUUACCACUUGAUGCAAAAGCUUACGAGCCAAGUGAUAAGGAGAAUCGGAACUAUCAAAAAACCUGGUGUGAGUUUAAGCCAUCACCGCAAAUAAUGCCCAAAGUUCAUAAGAUAUAUCCGGUGCGCGAGCGACGUGAUCCAAAAGUUUUUAGAGGUCAACUUUGCACGGCUUGUGAACCAGAAGAUUGUGAACUACCAAAAAGUGAUCGCGCCCCACCACCAAGACUUUUUCCGCCCAGAACAAUGCCUUGGCCAUGUUGUAAGCUCCGUUCGCCCAAGUGUCGAACGAGUCGAGCCGAUGUCAGAUGUCCUCGAGGACGAAUGCCAUUAUGCUGUGUCAAGCGCAAGACACAGUAUCUUAGCUUCUCAGAAUGUAAGAAGUUUCCCCUACAGCCCCCCGUGACUGCUUGUGAGUGUGAAAUGAAACCCAGCCUCUGUGAGGUCUGGAACUUUUGGAGAACCAAACGUUGACAGGGGAUCAUCUAAAAUAUUUAUUUUAGAUAAUUUUUUCGUUUCUGACCUACAUGUGAAAAAAUCGAUUAUAAUUACUGAACUUUCGGCUAUGUUUUCAAAUCGCAAAAUUAACUAUAAUCAAAAAUUUCAGAGCAAUUUGUCAAAUUUCUAGAUAUUAUUCAAAUACGUUUUAUAAUGAAUUCAUUAAAUGAAAAUUAAUAUU